AUGGAGAAAGCGUUUGAUAGAGUGUGGCACGACGGACUAAUCCACAAGCUCCACGCAAUGUCAACCGUCCCCACACCCCUGAUAAAAAUCAUAAAAUCCUUCCUAUCGAAUCGGAACUUCAGAAUCCAAAUCUCCGACCUCAAAUCAACCCUCCGAACAAUCGAAGCAGGAGUUCCACAGGGGUCAUGCCUUUCUCCCCUAUUAUACAUCCACUACAUUAAUGAUCUCCCAUCCUCACCUCAUGUUACUACCUCAUUGUUUGCCAACGACACCUUGUUUUACUCCAGUAUCACGUCGAUAAACUUCGCCAUAAUCCGUCUUCAACGCCAUGUCACAACAACAACCGACUGGAUUCAAAAAUGGCGUUUAAAACUUAACACACUAAAAACUGUAUGCAUACUUUUCGGUAACAGGCGAAAAGCACCCGCGCGUAAAAUCGAAAUACUAGGCCAACAAAUUGACUGGAAAAACAAGACCUCCUAUCUCGGCGUCACACUAGAUAAAGCCAUGCGACUACACGAACAUGUCAAGCCCUGCAUCAGAAAGGCUAAGCAAGCCAGAGGGGCACUAUACACGAUAUUAAACAGCAGAUCACUCAUCUCAUUGCCAACCAGACUCUUAAUUUAUAAAUUGUACAUUAAACCAAUCCUACUUUAUGCCUCCUACGCAUGGGGUCCUCUCAUCUGUACAUCUAACUGGGCAUAG